CUGUCGCCCGGAUUCCAAGAGAUCGCCGCUCUUGACCUCGUUCAACGUCUCGUCGGUCGGGAGGCCUGGAGGAGCGAGAGCGACGGCGGAUUUUUGAUCUAAUUUAAGAACACAAUGUCUCGAAGAUAUGACUCGCGAACGACCAUUUUCUCGCCAGAAGGGCGGCUCUACCAGGUGGAAUAUGCCAUGGAAGCCAUUGGCCAUGCUGGGACCUGCCUGGGGAUCUUAGCAAAUGAUGGCGUCCUGUUGGCUGCAGAGAGACGCAACAUACACAAGCUACUGGAUGAAGUUUUCUUUUCUGAAAAAAUAUAUAAACUAAACGACGAUAUGGCUUGUAGCGUUGCAGGAAUAACAUCUGAUGCCAAUGUUCUUACGAAUGAGCUGCGAUUGAUUGCCCAGAGGUAUCUCCUUCAGUACCAGGAACCAAUCCCAUGUGAGCAGUUGGUCACGACACUCUGUGAUAUCAAGCAGGCUUACACACAGUUCGGAGGAAAACGUCCUUUUGGUGUUUCACUGCUCUACAUGGGAUGGGAUAAGCACUAUGGCUAUCAGCUAUAUCAGAGUGACCCCAGCGGAAACUACGGAGGGUGGAAAGCCACAUGCAUUGGGAAUAACAGUGCUGCUGCAGUAUCAAUGCUGAAACAAGACUUCAAAGAAGGAGAUAUGACUUUGGAGUCGGCCCUUGCAUUAGCAGUUAAAGUGUUGAAUAAGACCAUGGAUGUUAGUAAACUAUCAGCUGAAAAGGUGGAAAUUGCGACACUGACCAGAGAAAAUGGGAAAACACGCAUCAAGGUUCUGAAGCAGAAGGAAGUGGAGGCUUUGAUUAAGCAGCAUGAGGAAGAAGAAGCAAAAUCUGAGCGUGAGAAAAAGGAGAAGGAGCAAAAAGAGAAGGAGAAAUAGCACUGCACAUUGAUUGAGGCCCAGGUUCGCGUUUGAGUAAAAAUAGAAGUUUAUUGAAAAUCCAAGUGACUGCAGGUUCUCCAGUAUCGAGUUGGCUGAGCCAGACACCACCCAACCUUCUUAUACACUUCCGCACACCAAUUGUAUAUGCACUAGGAAUUGCCAGAUUGGUUUUUAAAAUAAAGAAUAAAGGCAAAAAAACAA